AUGUCCUUAUCUAAAGAGCACCUGCCGGUGGCCUCUACCGCCGGCCGACAGCCGAAAUGCACCCGGUGCCGACACCAUGGGAUCAUCGUCCCGCAGAAAGGCCAUGUGAAGUCCUGUCCUUUCGUCACAUGUGCGUGCUGGAUGUGCUACCUCAUCACACAGAGGACCAGGAUCACCGCCGUCAAGAGAAAUCUGAAGAAAGUCCCGAAUAAAGAGCAGCCACCCAGUGCGGUGAAACGGCAGGCUGAGGGGACUUUUACCAACUCGGCCCCGGAAGGAGGCAUAUACGGACUGUGUCCCCCGUCAGACGGGGCCCCGGAGCGAGCCGCCAGCACCGCCUGGAGCCCUUAUGACCCACGGAGCAGACCCGCCGCGGCGGGAGGGGAGGAGGUGUCCGGUGUGGACAGCGAGAAGGUGCUGUCCUUCGCUUCCAGUGCAGAAGGACCAUGUCCACCUUUUGAUGGUCCUUACUUCGGUGAGUUUGGUCAGACUCUGCCUAUGAGCCACUUCCCCUUCAGGAUGCCCGCUCCUUUCCCCGGCCGAUAUGCUCCAUAUCCAAACCUCCUGUUCAACACGCCCUGGCUGCCCCCCAUGCCUGCUGGGCUUUACAACGAUGGCAUGCAGGGAUCCCCCCUGAUGUACCCCUACCUCCCUCCGGGCGCUGUGCACUACCCCCCUCCAGCAGAGCCGGCUGCUGAUUGCAGACAGGUCUUCUUCCCCCUUCAACCGCUGCCAGAGACCCUCCAGGAGGGGCUGAUGUCGAGGCAGCCCCCACAGCCUCCUCUGUCCAAACACACGGAGCAGGACGCUAUAGCACACACAGAGAGAUAAAAGGUGGUCUAUUUUUAUAAGUAUCAAGGAUUUUCCUCAUUGGUUAGCAACAGUCCUGUUCAGAUUGCUGGCAUGAAUGGCACACUGUUGGUUGUGAUAUAUUCAUAUUUAAACGUGCCAUUGUUGAAAAAUACUGAUGAAAGCUCAAAAUAAGUCACCCUAUUUUGUAUUGCUUAUUU